CGAAAUUAAACAUUAUUAUUAUUUGGUAUUGUAUACUUUGGUCAAAAUACAGACGAUCUUUUUGUAUGCCAAAUGAAAAUUUUUGUUGAGUUGGUGAAAUUGAUUUUUGAUAACCACUAGGGGAAGGCUUUGUUUGUUUUUUAUCUGUUCAACUAGUAACCUUACUACACAUUACUUAACAUUACUUUAUUAAUUUUGUGAAUGAGAAUUUAUUGUUUACUUUUCCUUUUAAUACUCCUUAAAAAUUAUUACAAAACACUUCGUGAUUGAUAAUGGCUCCUUCCCGUUCUAGAAGUCGAACUAGAAGGUCAAGUGACUCUUCUCCAGAUUCUAGAAAAAAUAAGCAUCGAGGGCAUUCCAGAUCCAAAAGUUCUUCAAGAAAUCAUGGUAGCAAAAAGGACGAAUCCAUAAACGAUAGACUGAAGAAAUUGGCUGAAAGUGGUUUCAUAAAACCUUGGGAUAAAGAUGAUGUUGAGAGGUUUAGGAAUCAGGCGAAAAAAAAGAAACAUAUCGAUCGAGAUGAGGAAUUCAUGAAUUAUAGGAGAGAGGAAAGGGAUAAGAUAACACUAUUUGGAGUGCCAGGAGUUUGGGGAAAGUCCCCUUUGCAUUCUACAGAAGAUUCUGAUGAAGAUGUCAAAAUGAAGGAGAUGGAAGAAGAAAAAUCUUCUGAUACUGAACCAGAAAAGAAGGCAAAAAAGAAAAAGAAAAGCAAAGACAAAAAAAAGAAACAUGACAAAGAAAAAAAGAAAAAGAAGAAAAGUAAGCAUAAGAAGAAAAAACAUAAGAAGCAUUCAAGUGGAAGUGAAUCAAGUGACUCCGAAGAAGAAUGGAUUGAAAAGAAUGGUGAGGAGGCAACAAUGACAGAGGAAGUAAUAGGACCAGUAAUCAAGAGUCAUGCAACAUUAUCCCAAAAAGAUUUUGGCAAAGCUCUACUUCCUGGUGAAGGAGCAGCAAUGGCCGCUUAUGUUGCUGAAGGAAAGAGAAUCCCUAGGAGAGGUGAAAUCGGUUUAACAUCGGAUCAGAUUGCAUCCUAUGAGUCUGUUGGUUAUGUGAUGAGCGGUAGCAGGCAUCGUCGUAUGGAAGCUGUCAGAUUGCGUAAAGAAAACCAGAUUUAUUCUGCUGAUGAGAAACGAGCUCUGGCUAUGUUUAGCAAAGAAGAGAGGCAGAAAAGAGAGAACAAGAUCUUGACACAAUUCAAAGAUAUGAUCUCCAGCAAAUUAUCUGGAGAAAAGAACAGUUGAUUUUACAUAAUAUUUUGUAGAUUUUCUUUUUCUUCCAAAUAAUAAUUAGCAUUUAAUUAAAUCAUUUAUUUUUAUCUGUAUUCAUUUGUACAUAAAUGUAAAUAGUCAAAGAUGUAAAUGUUAGAAAGAAUGUAUGAUUUGUAAAGUUUAUGAAUUCACAUUAAAUAUGUAAAUAUAAUUAUCAUAGAAUUGUUGUUUCUUGUUUUUUUGCACAGUGAAUAAAGGGAAAAAUAAGACUUUAGUAACAUGUA